AUCUCUGUGUUUUGCGUUUAACUUCAAAGCUGCAGUACUUCCUGACUUUAUAUAUAGGAGACGCCUCAGUAGAUAUGUGCUUACGUCCCACCAAUAUCCGCAGAUCAUGUGACAGUGACAGCCCUCAUUUUGCUGCAGAGCUUGGCACAGACAUUCCACUGCUCUGAUUUCCCUGGGAACAAGUUAAAAAACUGAAUUUUUAGAUACAAAAUGCUGAAGAUCAAUCAACUUCCAGAAGAUGCUUUACUGCAUAUUCUGGUCUUAGUCCCUGCCACUGAUUUAAUCCGAUACAGACGUGUAUGCACAAUGUGGAGGAACUUAAUUGACUCCCCAACCCUUUGGAAAACAAAAUGUAUGCGUAUGGGAUACAUCUCAAAAGACUGCAAAAAGUCUCCUCAGGACUGGAAAAUAUUUUAUCAUAUCUCGAGUUUAAAAAGAAACUUAUUGCAAAACCCACAAGCUGAAGAUUCUUUCAAGUCAUGGAAAAUUGAACAGAAUGGUGGAGAUCGGUGGAAUAUUGAGGAUCUGCCUGGAGACUGCGGCCAACCAUUUCCUGAUGAACACAUUAAAAAAUACUUUGUUACUUCUUACACGGAGUGUAAGAAAUCGCAGCUAAUCCAACUCAAGAAAAUGGGAUACCAAGAUAAGCUGAUGGAUACUGUACAGCCAGAUAUUGUAAUUGAGGACUGGUAUGCUCGAAGAUGGGAUUGUGGCUCAACAUACGAAAUAGUGGUUCAGCUGCUUUCAAAACAUAAAAAGGUUUUAAAAGAAUUUCGUCCAAACUUAGUUAGGAUGGAAAGUCACAGUGAAACCUACUGGCAGCAGAUGAAACACAUAUUUUACAAUUAUGGACCAGGUAUACGCUACAUAUAUUUCCAACACGGUGGACAAGACACAAAGUACUGGGGUGGUUGGUAUGGAGUCAGAGUAACAAACAGCAGUGUCACUAUAGAACCUGGGAAUCUGGACUAAGAAAGAUGAGCUAUUACCACAGACUGGUGGUUUUGAUUCAUUAGCCUUCCUGAACAAUAUCAUGUUAACUCAGUACAUGAGUCGCUAGGUUUCCCUCUGAAGAUUGGUUACUGAGUUGUCAAGUGAAAUCUGUCCAGGUACUGUGCAUAAAGCACCAGGAUCUUGUUUCAAUUUUAUAUCUUUCUUAUUUCCAAGUGAGAGCUCGCCUGAAUGCAGUCCAUGCUUGUAUACAAUCGAACCCUGCAAAAACCCGCUGUGACGGAUUUAUGAUAAACAAUGGCGGAAUUGAUUUCAUUUCUCUCUUAUGAGAUUAGGGACUGAUACCCAAAGGCUCCAACACGUCUGCCCCAGCCUGAUUGGAAACAAUAGGCAGAUAAUCCAGUUAUCUUGGCACAAAGGAUUCCUGCACUUCGGAUCAACCGCUUCAGUUACUCUUCGGCCAUUAUUUUUCUUCAGACUGUGCAUAUACUUCUGUGGGACUUUUUGUGCCUUUUUACUAUUUUACUUCCUUAGAAGAAUUUGUUGCUGUGUGAUGUCAUUGGACUUAACAAAAAUAAAGUGCUAGAAUGCUACAAGGUUUCUCUACAGUGUUUGA